CAGCGGUAACCCGGAAGUAAACGGGACGCGACGUGACCUCUGUACGAGGAGAGAAAAUGACAGAACAGAGAUGCGAUUGUUCCGUCCUGCGUUCGACACGCGCGGCUUAUUUCAGUGAGCUAACGACGAGAGCGCGGAUCCAACGCCGAAGCGAACCGAAUCAAGGGGACGGAAUGUCGCCACGCAGCGACACGGUCGCUCCCUCCGCUGGAUGUCGCGCCACAGCCGUUGGACGACGCUAAGCGACUAACCGACGCUAAAGCUCCUCAGUCCGCGCCCAGCGGCCGCUUGGAUGACGGCCACCCUGUGUUAUCUUUAACCCGAACGCCGGCACUGAAGCAGCCAGUCCGCUGCUGUCUGCGCGAGCGGCCACGUCAGCGUAGCGCGGCUCCACGUCGGGACUGCGCGGCCAUGGCUCCGAUGGGCAUCCGGCUGUCCCCGCUCGGUGUGGCGGUGUUCUGCCUCCUUGGAGUCGGCGUUUUCUACCACCUGUACGCCGGGGUCCUCUCCAGCCGCCUGGCGGCGUUCAGACAGAGGAGAACUGUGGAUCUGAGGGACCUGCUGGCCGUGUCACUGGAAGCUGCACAACUGGGCGGCAUAGAGGUAAAGAGAGUGCGUGGCGAUAACAAGCUGGAAGAAAAGUCCAAGGGCAAGACGAGGGAGGGAGCCAACGAGCUGCUGACUAUGGGCGACCUGCAGUCCCACAGAAAGAUGUUUAAUCUGAUAAAGAACACCUUCCCUGACAUCACGGUGAACAGUGAGGAACUUGACAAAGUGGUGGAUCGAUCAGUGGCCUGGAGCCGAACGAUUCCACUUGAAAUACAAAACAUGAUUAAGGAAAACAGGGACGUUCCUGCUGAGAGCGUCACCGUGUGGAUCGAUCCUCUGGAUGCUACGCAGGAAUAUACAGAGAACCUUGUGAAGUAUGUGACCACAAUGGUAUGUGUGGCCGUAGAUGGUAAACCAGUCAUCGGGGUCAUACACCAGCCAUUUUCUAGGAUCACCGCCUGGGGUUUUGUGGGUGAGGGGUCAAACGCUCGUCCCAGAUCGUCCUACAAUAUCAACACUCCAAAGGUGGUUGUAUCACGUUCCCACUCCGGAAAAGUUAAAAGUUAUGUUCGUGAUGCUUUUGGAAACAGCACAACAAUCAUAGAAGCAGGUGGAGCUGGAUAUAAGGUUCUGUCUCUCCUGGAUGUUCCCACAAGUGAAGCAGGUUCUAUAGACCAGGCCGACAUUUACCUUCACAUCACCUUCAUUAAGAAAUGGGACAUCUGUGCUGGGGCAGCGCUGCUUAACGCAGUGGAAGGCCACAUGACAACUCUAAAGGGAGAGGACAUUGACUACAGUGAAAUACCACUCAACAAAGGAGGACUAGUGGCCAGCGUGGGUGUGGAUCAUAAGGCCAUUCUGCAGCGGCUACCAUCCUGGGACCCGGAGGAGCAUUAACACUACAUGAACCAGUGGGAAUGGGCACGUGUGACGGCGCUUUGUCAGACGCAGUGAGCAGGUCUGUGGCUGAGACUUUGGCUGUGACUGCACCCUGUGCAACCAGAAGAAACAAAGGCUCCUCCUCAUCCAGUGUGUACACACACACACACACACACACACACACA